CUGGAAGACGUGCGUAUGGUGAUGGGCAGCCACACGGGCCAUGCCGUGCUCCUCGCCCUGCUGGGCGCCGUCGAGCGUGCGAACAUGAUCAUCGCCAUCGAAGCCAUCAUCAAUGGUGCGGUAUCGUACCGAUACAACGGGGCCUCCCUGAUGGAAGUCGUCAACGUUAGUUCCGGGGAGAUAGUUCUGAAGGAGUUCGUCAGGUUGGCGGCGCUGCACUUUCGCCCCUCUGUAUUGCAGCGGCUAUUCAGGUGCCUAAUCAAUGGAUGGAAAAUGGAACAGAGCAAUGGCAUGGAACUGCUUCAGCAUUUCUUCACCACGUUGCAUUUCGACCAUUGCUCGAUUUUCAUCGACGAGCUCGCCGUCCCUCGCUUCUGGGACAUGGUCACGUCCAGGAUCGGGUAUAUGAGCAUGAUCGUGUGCCUGGAGAAUGCGGGAUACACUGAGCAAGGUGCUACUCUCCAGAACACCAUCGUGACCCACACCGUCCAGAUGGCCAACGAGAAAUUCGGCUCCUUCUUCUUGCGGGCCGUCAUCGAGAGAGGCCGCAACGCUCAGCUCGAGGAACGCAUCAGGGAGCGCGUCGUGGGCAAUCUCGUGGAGUUGUCCAUGGGCCGAUACGGGAACGAUGUGGUACAAGAGUGCUUCGUCCCUAGUAAAGAAAAGGUGCCUUCGGUGCCUCUGCUGCAGCGCGGGCUCGACGCGUUCUUGCGCCUGCCCGACGAGCAGCUCCGGGAGUUGGUGCAGAACCACUGGGCCGGCUACGUCCUCCGCCGGCUACUCCAAACCAGCGUAGAGCGCAAUAUGGCGGAGGAGGAAGCGAUGCAGCUGGCAGAGCGGAUCCUGGGAGUUGGGGCUGCCGGAGACGAGACUGAUGCUGAACUCCCUCGUCCGGCGGGUGAUCCACGAGGGCAAGCCGUAGCUAUUUUGCACUAGUCGAUGAUUUGCUCCGCUGAGUCAGAGCGCGCCACGAUGCCUAGACUGUUACUGCGAAUUGCGACAGGCCGUUUCUGCCUGUCUGCCUGUCGAUGCAUGUGCCAGGCCGUUCUGCUAAAGCUGUACUCCUACGAAUUGUGUGUUUGACUGGCAUUGCUUGCUGAGGUACACUGUCAAAUGUCUCUGGUGGUUUCUCUGUACAAUGCUACGCCGUUGCUGUACCGCUCGAUUGAUUUCAAGAAAGAAAACUAAAGAUUUCGUACAGUCUA